AUGAAAAAUAUUUCAGUUCAAUUGAAUGGCAAAAAGGUCCCUGGACUGAUCAUUGAAAAAAAUGAAUGGAACCAAUUAAACAAAUUGAUAAGCGAUGCAGAUGUUAAAAAGGCUAAACAAAUAGACAGACAAAAUAAAUUGAUCAUCAAAACCACAAAGAGGAAUGAAAUACGGCACAAGGAACAAUUAGAAAAAAUUGCAGCAAAACAAAAGAAAUUCUUGGACGAUAUUGAAGCCGAACAUCAAAUAAGAGAUAAAAUUCGAAAUCAAGAAAUUUUGGAAAAACGGAACAAGAUUAAUAAAAAUCUGCAAUUAAAUAUAUGGUCCAAUAAAGAUUCGACAAAAAUGAUACAAAGUGAAGUGUAUAAAAUGCAGGUACUCAAAGAGAGAAAUUUACAAAUAGAGUUUGACAAAGCAGAGAGAAUGAAAACUCAAGAAAAAGAAUGUUUAUUGAAAAUGGAACAAAACGCAGAAGCGGAAAAGUACAGGAAAGAUAAAUUGGAACAGAAAAAAAAACAAGCAGAAAUAAAAAAAGCAAAUAAUGCUAUUCUUCUGAACGAGUUGAAAAUUCGGGAAGAUUUAAGUCGAAAUGAAAUUCUUAGAUUAAAGAAUGAAGGUAUAGCUGAAGUACAGUUGAUAAAACAAGAAAUUGAAAAAAAUAAAAAAGAAGAACAAGCUAAAAUUCAGGCAAAGAAGAAGAUAAUGGAACAAGACCACAAUGAAAACCGAAGAAUUGUAGCUAUGAAAACUGAAUUGCGUCAAUUAGAAGAGUUGAAUGCAAAUACGGCAGUGGCAAAAGCAAACGAAUUAAAAAAAAGAGUGUAUAAACUUAUAAAGUUGAAGGAAAUAAAAAUGAAAGAAGAAAAACAAGAGUUAUUCGAGAAAUUUACAGAGAAAACAAAGAAAAACUUGAGAGAAUCAAGUGAAAAGUUGAAAAUGGAAGAUCAUUACAAUAUUGAAGAAAAUGAGCAAAAGUAUCAAGAAGAAAAACUUCAAAAAGAAGAGCUAAUCAAAAAAAGGAGAAAAAUCUCGGAAGAUAAUAAAAAAAUGUUUGAGGAAAAAGAUCAAAAGGAAAAAGAACGGUUGACAUUAAGUCGUCGGUGGGAACAAGAAAGAAGGCAGCGAGAAAACAAGAUGUUGUGUGAUCUCGAACAGUUACAUAAAGAAGCCAAGAUUAAUGAAACUAAUAACUAUCGAAAAAUUCUAAACGAUCAAUGUGCUACCAAACAAGCAAUUAAAUUGGAUAAUUUACAAGCCGAACGUAAAGAUUACGAUGCUCUUAUAAAAUUAUGGCAUCAAGAUGAAGCCGAAUUUACAACUUAUACUAAAAGUAUAAUAGAUAAAUAUGCCAAAGAUGGAGUAACGGUUGUACCACUCCUCAAAGCUAUUAAGGAGUAUACAGCCAACAGCCGUAAAUAGUAAUUGUUGUUGUAAUCCGUACCCAAUGGGUUAGCUCUAGUGAUGGG